AUGUCGGAAGAAGGGCCCUCCAUUGUCGUUGGUCUGGACUUUGGGACGACCUUCAGCGGGUCUGCACACGUUCAAAAAGCUUCUACUAUACAUAUUGACGGGACUAGGAUUGCAUGGGCCUUCAAAGGAUCCACAGACAACAUUGAAGUGAUGUCCACCUGGCCCGGGGGAGGCAACAGAACAUCCGUGAAAGUCCCCUCAGUCGUAUCCUACAAAACCCAACCCUCCACCUGGGGCUACCAAGUUCGAACGUUCACCGAGGCAUUCCAUGGCAUCAAGCUCCUUCUUGACGAAGACCAGGAAACAAAGUACACCCCCUCUCUGGUCUCUAAGGAGCUGCUCCAGAAGUACGAUACAGAUGCUGUCCAGGUGACAGCGGACUAUAUCCGACAUCUGGUUCGACAUGCCCAAGAGACCCUUGAGCGACGACUUGGAGUUGCCGCAAAGACCAUGGAUAUGCGUUUCGUCCUGACAGUCCCAGCGGUUUGGGGUGACAAGGCCAAGCACAAUACCUUGCGGGCUGCGGAGAAGGCAGGAAUCCCCGCGGAGGAUGUUUCUCUUGUGUCGGAACCAGAGGCUGCUGCUCUUUACUCGUUGCGCGCCACCCAACCGAACUCAAUCUCGAAAAAUGACGUAUUCAUCGUAUGCGAUGCCGGUGGUGGGACCGUGGAUCUUAUCUCGUACCAGAUUACAGAACUAGAGCCUCUGGCGCUUAAGGAGGUAGUGAAGGGAGCAGGCCGCAUUUGUGGGUCAAUGUUGUUGGAUCAACGAUUUGACGCAUUGCUUAAAGAAAGAACGGGACUCGGUGGCUACGCCACUCUAUCCGACAAUGCCAGAGAAUCCGUGUUGUCCUACUGGCAAGAUCGAGUGAAGCCUAAUUACGUGGGCAAGUAUGAUGAUGAUUAUGCGGACAUUGACUACUUUAUCCCCGUCCCAGGAGCGCGCGAUGACCCAUUGAUUCCAAUAGAAGAUGGAUUUUUCCAACUCACUAGGUAUGUGAAUAACCUCCAAAAUUUGCGAGGGAUGGGGUUUCUCAGAGUAUCCAGUGAUGGCAUCGCAAACAUCUUUGAGCCCAUUCUUCGGGAUGUAGAAUCGCUUGUUGCCGAGCAAGUUGAGGGAAUCAAGAAGUCAAAGCUCACUCCCAAGGCAAUCAUUCUCGUCGGGGGCUUUGGCUCUUCCCAAUUUCUUUUUCACCGUUUGCGGGAAAUGAACCCUGGUGUGACUGUCUUGCAGCCCCCUGACGCGUGGUCCGCAGUCGUAAGAACCAGUGGCGCAGUCUAUCGUGGGCUUGACGGCAAUCAGGUAGAGAGUCGCAUUGCCCGUCGCAGUUACGGCAUCAAGUACAAUACCCACUAUAUCGAGGGCAAGCAUAGCCCGGAAACCAUGACCUGGGACAAUCAUCUGGAGAGGUACGCGGCUACGGGCCAAAUGGAAUGGUACAUUAAGAAGUUCUCGAAAAUAUCCGAAAAUGAUCCGAUCAGAGUGCCAUUUUUCCGUACAGUCGGAAUAACGGAUACCAGGGGACUACUCUUCACGGAACAGCUUAUGUUCUGUAACUCUGAUAACCCACCAGACGAGAGAGACAGAGAAACAAUCCGACUCUGCUGCUUAGAAGCGGAUCUCCGCAAAAUUCCCCGCGAUCUGUUUGAAAAACGAUGCAACUCCAAGGGAGUAGAAUACUAUAAGAUUGAUUUUACUUUGGUCUUGAUUCCUACAUCGGCCUCCUUGUUGUUUGAACUAGAGUUUAACGGAGUGUCCUACGGCAGUGUUCGCUCGAAGUACUGA